GCGCGUCUCAGCAUCAACAACCACCAAGUCGACGGCCACGAUGGACGGGAACAAGACUGCAGCUGAUGAUGAUGUUCCCCAUGAGCUGCCGUCAGAGCCCCGCAGUGCGAUAACGACACGACGUCUGGUCAUACUCGCCUUCUGGGCUGUCGUAGUGCUCUUCGGGCUUCCGCACUGGACAUGGACUACUUCGAUACCCCGAUCUUCGCUGCCGCUAGAGGCCAUGAAUGCGUGGGCAGAAGGAACUGCUUGCCAAUUGCAGUAUCCGAUGAACAUCCAACUGCAAGCUCCUAGCGUAAUGACAUCGCAGCAAGCCUUGGCACUUGCUGCGAACAUCGAGACUGUGCUGAAUGCACAAAAGGAGCUGCCUUUACAUCGAUUCGCCGUCUCUACUUCCAACGUGACAGCACACGACUCUGCAUUGACAGUCAUUCUCGAAUCUGACAAGGCGUCGAGGGUGUCGCUGCGGUCAUGGGAGCCGGUCUUAGAUGUCAAGCUGGACCUUCAACCGCCAGUCAACAUAGGCGAAGUCGCGCCGUUCAUUGCGCAAGAGAUAACUCGGGUGUUCUGGGAUGAAAGUGUCUCACUCGAGUACCUGCUCAGAGGAACCAAAUUCGCCCAGGGCGGAGUCUCCGGCCAACUUGAUCCUUUUCAACAGCAAAGGCUGGACAGUCGUACCACGCGUGCAUUCAAGGCUGCCCCGAGCUACCAUAUCACUUUCUCGUUGUUCACCCCAGGCGCGACCCCUUCGGCAUGGUCAGUCGACGAAGCCUUGCAAGCAUAUGUUUCGCCUCUCCUACAGUCCCUAUCAUCGAUCAGUAACUUCACCAUCGAUACACAAGUGCAACUAUAUGCUUCCUCCAGCCCAUCGAUAGCCGGACCUGUUUACGACGACGCCAAGAAAGCGUGGAUCUUGAGUGCAAGUGAUCUCACUGGCUUCGUGAACGCGGCUGAAUGGCCACUGAACCCCAGUAUUGGAGCUGGUCCAACAAUCAAUUUCGUGCUUUACGUCCCGGCCCCUGAUAAGAGUCCUCUAAUUAUCGAAGAUGAUGCUGGCACUAGUUGGAUCAUUCCUCAAUGGGGCGGAAUACAGAUUCACAAUGAUCAAAGCAGAUUGUCAGGCGAGCUCAGUCUUGACGACCUGCGAUCGGACAUGGUCAUAUUUGCAGACCAGCUAACAGCGCUCCUGGGUGUCCCGCAAUCGCCACCUUCUCUGUCCCUGAAGAUUGCCAGUCUGACCCGCGAGAGAACAACGUCGCUUAUUCAGUCUGCCUCGUCGACGCUGGGUGCUCUUUCCAGGCUCACGCUCAAGCUCACAUCCAUUGCUAUUCCGGACUCAGUCGCCACCUCAGUUGAUGAAACACUUAAUCGACUUGAUUUGGCAUGCGAUGACUUGCGACAAGGCCGUUUCCAAAGUGCGUUGGCCAACGCUCGUAUCGCUGAACAGCAGGUCGAAGGAGCGUUUUUCUCGCCAAGCAUGAUAUCGCAGGUCUACUUCCCAGAAGAACAUAAGGUCGCUGUCUAUGUGCCUUUGCUUGGCCCAAUGGCAGUACCGUUACUUAUGUCUGGACUAAAGGAACUUCGUGCUUUUAGGCAGAGGAAACGGAAGACGGCGUAAACGAAGCAAGCAAGAUCGCAUUGGCCGCGCAGGCGACUGGCAGCAUCUCUGGCGUUCGCAUAUGGACCCU